AAUUUAUCUCAUGUAAACCCGCCAUGAACCUACUCCUUCCACAAGCAGUAUGGCUCUAACACUGGCUUGUGUUAUGUUCGUGAAAUUGCGCAUAUUUGCACAUAAUAAGUUAAACAAUCUCCAAGCCCUCAAGAUAAAAAUAUUAUGAAAUCCGGUAAAAUGAGCGUGACGCGAAACAGAAUUAAUCAUCGUUCGGUAUUUAAACCGCGAACAAAAAAUGACGAUAAUGCGGAAUUGUCUGAAGACAUGGUUAUUUCCGCCAGAAAAACAGGACAAUUAAACCUUUCUACCAAGGGGCUAUCUACAGUACCAAACAGAGUCUGGUCUAUUAAUGAAUUAACACCUGAGGAAAUAAGGCAAUUAGAUGUUGGUUUAGAAUUUAAUGAUGACAAAGAAAAAUGGUGGGAACAAGAACCACUGAAGAUAUUAGACUUGAGUUCUAACAGUCUUACAGAACUUGACCCUAAAGUUGAGUUUCUGUCUGAACUUUCAAUAUUGGAUCUUCACGAUAACAUCAUGGAAACGUUACCAGCCGAAAUCGGUAAUUUAAGUAAACUCCGCAAACUGAAUUCCUCCUUUAACAAAAUAAAACAUUUACCCCUCAACUUCUACAACCUCUCGGAGCUACGUCAUUUGGAUUUGAGAAACAACUUAUUAAAGGAGCUGGAUCCUGCUAUUGGUGAUUUAAUUAUGCUAGAUUACAUGAACUUAUCCUGUAACAACCUAAUCAGCUUGCCUAUCGGAAUGGGAUACUUGGUGCGUUUGGUCUCUCUUGACAUAAGUCACAAUAUGUUGAAAGAGUUGCCACCCGACAUAACGAGCAUGCGAGUAUUAAAAAAACUAGAUGCAAAUUCCAACAACUUGGAAAUAUUGCCACCAUUUGGUGAGUUGCGACACAUGGAGGUGUUGGUACUUCAUACAAAUAAUUUAAAGAAUUUUCCCGAUACAACGGGUUGCGCAGCUUUGCGCGAGCUUCAUCUGGCAAACAACAGCAUUGAUGAGAUAGAUGUCUCGGGUUUGGAAAGUAUGGGACAAUUAAGAACUUUGACGUUAGCAAACAAUAAAAUCAAAGAAAUUCCGGAAGAAAUUGUACAACUGCUUAACUUGGAGCGGCUUGACUUGUCUUGCAAUAAUAUUUCGAAAGUGCCUGGUUGUAUCGGUAUAAUGCCCAACUUACAAAACUUUGUUAUUGACGGUAAUAAAUUACAAAAUUUAAGAAGAGAUAUAAUACAGUGUGGUACACACCGCAUACUUCGACAUUUACGGGAAAGCAUAGAAAUGGAAAAUGUCGAAUCUAGGGGAUUUUCUUCAUUGAAUGCUAACGACAGUAUAUUUCCAGACAAGUACGUUAUGAGGAACACAAGAUUAUUAAGCUUAACUGGUCAGAAUUUACAGGAAAUACCGCAAGCGAUUUUGGAGGACGCCAGUGAAGCUCAAAUAACGUGCAUUGAUUUAAGUAGAAAUAAAUUUUGCAAUUUACAAGAUAAUUUGUCGAUAGUGACAACGAUUACAGAUCUUAAACUCAGGUGUAAUCAAUUAUCAUCAUUGCCUGAUUGGAUAGGCGAGAAAUAUAAACACCUGCGAUUUAUAGAUCUAAGCAAUAAUCGUUUAUCGUCACUUCCGGCCAGUAUAAGUCUACUGGAAUAUUUGCUGGAAAUUAAUAUUUCCUACAACAGAUUUACGAAGUUACCUGAUUGUAUUUAUGAUAUAGAAAGAUUAGAGAUAUUAACGGUAGGAAAUAAUCAACUAUCACUUAUUGAUGUGUCAUCAUUAAGUAAGCUUCGAAGGCUUGCAACACUAGAUCUUUCGAAUAACAAUAUUGUAUUCGUACCACCAGAACUUGGUAAUCUGAAAAAUCUCAGGACUUUGCUCUUAUCCGGAAAUUACUUUAAACAACCAAGGCAAGCUACAUUGAUGAAGGGCACUGAAGAAAUUCUAGCGUAUCUUCGGGAUCGAAUACCAACCUGAGGUGGUUCGAUUAUCAUAAUCAUAAAAGUAGUAAGAAUGCAUCUAGUGAUCGAACCACCUUAACAACUUGAUGUAAAAAGGGGUAGAAAUUGGAAUAGCAUGAUUUUAUGAAUUAUAUCUGUGUCAGUUAAUUUAUUGUAAUAUAUACUAAUUUCACAAGAACAGUAACCUAAUGAAUAAUCAUUUUUGUAAACUAAUUAACAAAGUAUAAUUUAUAGAGUGACAGAAUACUCAAAUUGAAAGUAUCAUUGACAUCGGUCAUACUUUUUAGAAUAUUAUGUUGUCAUGUAAUUUGUCUUGUACGUAGAUGUAUUAUAUGUGAAAAGAAUUGUACAUUAAAAUGCAUAUACACAUAUUAUAUGUA